ACGAGAGGACUCUCAUUUCGGUUGCACCGUGCAUGCGCUUCCUGUCCUUCCUGAGCAUAGGCUAGCUGGACAUGUAUCGGGCUGUUGUGUGCAGAUUGGUGACGGAAGCAGGACGUGUUCCCCGCGGUGUGAACCAUGGCGCUCUCGCGCUGAGGCUUAGGAGCUUCUCGGGGGUGAAGGACGAGCAGCAGCCGCCUUUCAACCGCUCGCUGCUUCGCUUCCUGGUCUGCCCGCUGUCCAAGAGGCCGCUGAGGUACGAGCCUGAGACCAACGAGCUGAUUAACGAGGAGCUCGGCAUUGCCUAUCCCAUCAUUGACGGCAUCCCCAACAUGAUCCCUCAGGAAGCCCGACUCAUUGAGAAGGAUACGGACGUUUCAACCACACCCGCACAAGGCUAG